CCUGCAGAGCGUCACACUGCUAACGCAAGGACGGGGUCGACCUUCACAGCACCUUUAGGCUGUCUUAUGAGUCAGCGGGGAUUCUCUGCGCUGGCCUUUCGCAGUUUCUCGAAGCGCAUUCUUGCUCCCUUACAUGUGGAGAUGUGCGAUGCUUCACCGACACCGAUACACAGAAGUGAAUGUUGCGCGACUGUAUGAUUGCUAGCCGGGAAGGGGGGCUGGAUUCUCUGGGACCAGAAUCGGCUGCCGCCAUGAUGGCAAUGGCAACUCGCGGAUUUUUUUUCUCACUGUUCCGAUGUCAACAUCUGCGCUCGAAGCAGAUGUGCUUUUGGGUCAAUCCGAUUCGUAAACUCAGAUCCAGUAUCCGUAGAGACCAGAGAGAUGGUGUCAGCUUCCCAAAUCCUGCAAGGUCCGAUACUGCAGCUCUAUCAGAUAUCACCGCAUCCCAAUCCGUCAACCUACAAAAGUGUGGCAGCACCCAUAUUUUGGACAUGGCAUAUAUCGCAUAUUUGUCUCAACGGCUCUGCGGGGUAACAAAGCUGGCUACCGAUGUCUUGUCGUACCACCAUCUUCAGACCGUCCACCGUCGUCUACCUAUCAAGAGCACUUCCCGCCAGCCCCCUCUCUCUCCUCCCCUUCGGGAUAGGUAUCGCUCACUGGAUUCUCAUCCAGCAAACAAGGCCAAGAAUUCUCAUUCCACGGCAUCGAGCUAUGGAGGCUAGCGACAGGUGCAUACAUACGAAUGCGAAAGCCCAAGAGACCUGCUGCUGCUGCUGCAUCAACCAUGUCCUCUCGUCACACUUUUGACC